AUGGAGCUUCCAGUUGGAACUGCAGACGAUGAAGAUGACGAGAUCUUCGGAAUGCUAGCGGUAGCCGACGACGAGCUCACUCUAUCGUUGACGCUAUCCUUUUGCAGGAGCCGACAACGUUUGCGUCCUCGACGCGGAUCAGUAUACGGUCGUGUGAAGUCAAUGGCGCGUCAUACUCAACUAGGGCAUCAUUCAAUUAUGCGUGACUAUCUAGGCCCUAAUCCAGUCUACGAUGAUACUAUAUUUCAGCAGCGAUACGGGCUUCCAUCCGAACUGUUCUGCCGCGUACUUCGCGAGGUAACCAGGUCUAAUGCGUAUUUUCAGCAGAAACCAGACGCCGUAGGUAAGAUGGGUGCAUCACCUGAACAUAAGAUGACUGCUGCGUUGCGUAUGCUAGUCGGAGGUAGUCCUGCAGACGCGCAGAAUGAGUGCUGCCGCAUAUCAGAGUCAACAGUAAUGGAUAGCUUUCAUGGUGGACCGUUAUGGGUGAGAUUUAUUUACGAUCACCAACCGCUGAUGAUGAUGCUAAAAUCCUUGGCUUUAACAAGAGUCGAGGGAUGCCCGUUCUUCUUGGAAUG